AUGUUUGAAGUGGACAGCUGUGAACUGAUCAUCGGAGUAGCUCUGGUGACUAUAAAAGGUAACAACACCCAAGUUAUCAUUCGUAGCCCACAAUUCAGUACAGACACGACAUUAACUAAGAUCAGAAUGAAAGUUCUUGUUGCAGUACUCCUGGUUGUUGUUGUUGUAGUAUAUGUUUCAGGCCACGGCCCUCACCAUAAAAUGCAUGAAAUGCUCUGCGAAAGUAACGAUGAAAAUGUCAAGACUGCUUUGAAAGAUUGUUGGCAGAAAGCUACUGAGUUUAACAAUAAAUUCGAACAAUGCAAGACAACACUGAGUGCUAUUUCAGAUGAGGAUCUGUGUACAAAAUGGGAUGAAGUAAGUAUUGUAUGA